AUGGCACCGACUGCAUCUUCGAGCGCUCCCAGCUUCUCCUCUGCAGAUGCUCUGCUAUCCAGCUUCCACUUCGAACGCGUGCUGAGCGAAGACCCGCGAGCGCUGCUGGUGUACUUGCUAGGGUCUGCUGUGCCGGAGAGGCGGUCAGGACGGGCGUCGUGCAUCUUGAAGCUGGAGAAAACGCCGUACGCAUCGGAUGAGGCCCCUUCUCUCGCGACUCCAAGCGCCUGGAGCAAGCUGCAGACGGUGACGUCCAACGACAUUUACUCGACCUCGCUCGGAUGGUUCGCGCCCGGGCGAGCCACCGCAGACGUCCAGAUCUCGUCCAUAUGCCCAGCAACGGAGAAGCACGUCAAGAAGUAUAGCGCGCAGGUUUCUCGGCUGGUCCGCGAGACGCCAGAGCUGUACGAGACGGUCGUCAAGCCUUACAUGGAGAGUCUGUCGCCGAAUACGAUCAGCUGGGUGUACAAUAUCCUAGACGGAACAGCCGAGGCGGAGAACGUCCUGUAUCGGGACGACGACCCGGAGACAGGCUUCGUCUUGACGCCCGACCUAAAAUGGGACCAGAAGACAAUGUCCGCCCUCUACCUCCUCGUCCUGACGCAAGACCGCACAAUCCGUUCCCUCCGCGACCUCCGAGCGCGCCACCUUCCCUUACUGCGCAAGAUCCGUCAAGAGUGCGAGCGAGUCGCGAUGGAGCGGUAUGGGAUCGAGAAGGGCGAGCUGAGGUUCUUCGUGCAUUACCAGCCGACUUACUAUCACUUCCACGUCCACAUCGUCCACCUCUCCUAUCUCUCCUUCAGCGGCAUAACAGUCGGUCAAGCGCACCUCCUCGACGAUCUGAUCGAUACUCUCUCCCUCGAAGUCGAGGCUUCCAACUCGGGCGGGCCUGCGCCGAUCCAGAGUUGGUUCGAGAGAAGGACGUUCAGUUAUUCGUUGGGCGUGGAGCAUCAGCUUUACGCGUUGCUCAAGGCGAAGGGGGCGUAG